UACAUUUCAGUGGUUGCUAGUCUUAAAUAUGUGGCGCUACAUGUAUAUUUCCUGGCACAUCUCCUCAUUGGAGGAGUCAGCCAUAAGAAAAGGAAGGAAAGAAGGACAUGUAUAUUUCUGCAUAAUGUUUGAAACGUGUUUCUACUGUGGAUGAAUUGUUGACGAUAGAUACGUUUUUAAAUUAUUUACAUACCUAUACUUACUUAUAGUACUAUUUUACAUAUUUUAUGCAGUAUAAUCAAUUUUUAAUGUGAGAAUAUUGUUAAACAUUGGAUAACCUAGAAAAGUAAUAGCGUAUGGACAUUAUACAAAAUGAGUCUUUUUGUAAUAAAUCGAUAUCAGGGAGAAGAUGUGGAAAAACCCAAAGUUGAAGAAGACCAUCUUUCAGCUUUACUGAAGAGAAUUGAGGAUCGUAAAAAGCAGAAAGCUGCUGGUACUGUCAAGGGUAAUGAAAUAGAAAAACGAGAUGUGCAGCAAGAAAAAGGUCCUGUGAAGAAGAAAAGAAAGAAUCAAAAGGUCAUCAAACAGGAGAAUAGUAGCCUUACAGAGCAUGUAAUUACAGAAACUGUAGAACAUGUGAUUGUAAAUAAGUUUGAAACAGAAAGCAUUAAGAAGUCAGUUGAUCCAAUAAAACUGAAGGAUGCGCUAAAUGAAUUAGAAGGCAAGCAGGACUUUAUGGUCUUAGGUUCUGAGUUACAUAAAACAAAACAAUCCAUUAAAAGAGUAUUGCCAGAUUGGUUAGCCCAUCCAGAAAUUAUAUCUGCAGAUUUAAGUAAUAGCCCUGACUUAGAAAAAUUUGAAGCCAUUCUAGAUUCAAAACUUCUUGAAGUUUUAAGAAAAAAUGGCAUUACUAAACUUUUUCCUGUUCAAGCCAGCAUGAUAACGUGGUUAUUGAAAUGUUCCAAAGACAGAAAAAUGGGCUGGUGGCCACGGGAUACAUGCGUGUCUGCACCGACUGGUAGUGGUAAGACAUUGGCAUAUGUAUUGCCAAUAGUCCAGGAAUUACAGUUUCGAUUUGUACCAAAGGUACGCUGUUUGAUUGUUCUACCAGUGCAAGAGUUAGCUGCACAGGUCUAUAAAGUUAUGCUUUUGUACACAGCACAUACAAAUCUCAGAGUGACGCUAAUUUCAGGGGCUUCAUCCUUUGAACAAGAACAAAUGCAUCUUGUAAAAAAAACCGAGAGAGGCCAGAUUAUAAGUCGAGUGGACAUUGUAAUAGCUACGCCCGGUCGCCUUGUGGAUCAUAUUAAAAAAACUGUCGGUUUUUCCUUGGCCGCUUUGCGAUUUUUAGUAAUCGAUGAAGCUGAUCGCUCUACAGAAUGGCUGCAGCAUCUUCCAUCACCUCAUUUAUCAGUACCACCACUUACCGUUGAGAAUUUACGCUCGAGCUCAAAUCGGCCGGCGCAGAAGCUAUUAUUUAGCGCAACCUUAUCUCAAGAUCCUGAAAAGUUAAGUCGACUCGGCUUAUUUCAGCCGAUAUUAUUCACGUCAGUGAUAACUGAUAAAGACGAUGAUGUCGACUUGGAUGCUGACACUGGCGAGUUUGUUGGACGUUACACUAGUCCCGAUGAAUUGACAGAGCUAGCAGUUGAAUGUUCAUCAGAAUAUAAACCACUGGCACUUUUACAACUCUUGACCAAGAACGAAAUAUCAGAAAGAGCAUUAGUGUUUACAAAUUCUGGUGAAUCAGCUCACAGACUAGCCAUUCUUGCCCAGUCUUUUCUCAAUGAAAAAAAUAUUGUAGUUGGUGAGUUAUCAGCACUCUUGGCACCGAAACAACGUGAGGACGUUCUUACAAAGUUUGCUGAUGGAAAAAUUCAAGUGCUUAUAAGCUCAGACGCUCUGGCCCGAGGAUUGGAUAUUCCAGGUGUAAAACUCGUUGUGUCCUAUGAUCUUCCUAAACACAUCAAGGGAUAUAUUCAUAGAGCAGGUAGAACGGGUCGUGCUGGAAUUAAAGGAACUGCAGUGUCAAUCCUGGCUCCUAAUCAAAUAGCUAUGUUUAACAAAAUGUUAACUGCUGCGCAUAAAAAAGUACCAAAUAUCGAAAAAUUGGAAUUGGAGACUUUUGCUGAAUCCAUAGAUUAUCAAGCACACGUUGAGAAAUUAAAAGAAACCUUGAAUAAAAAACAAUCGGAAACAUUACAACGAUUGAAAGCAACAAAGCGUAGACGUGGAAAACAGUCUUAAUAGAAAUUGAUUUCAAAGGAAACUAUUUGUGUAUGUAUUGUUACGGCAACGUGUAAAUAUAUUUACGUACCAUCACGUAGUAUGUCCCAAGUA